UUGUCAACUUCAAAAAAUAAAGCGUGGAAUUUUAAAGUUCUUAAUAUUUUUAUUUUGAUGUAUUUUCAUUUUUUCAGUUUUCUUUCAUAGUUUCAUUUUAAAAUUUAAAUGCUUAAUUUUCUACUGAAUGAAAAAUAGUUUGAUAAAACUAAGUUUUGGUAUUUAUCUUCUCACCUAACUUUUGCAGUUAAGUUACCAGAAUGCGUUUACCGUUUUGUCUGCUGUUCUUUAUCAUUCUGAAAGUUCAAAGCCAAAACUUGCAAAGUGUAAGCGAUGAUGAAUUGCUGCAACUUAUAAAAGAGGAGGAAAAGUUAAUUGUAUUAUUUUCAAAACCAAACUGUGAUGUUUGUAAUAAGUUGGAACAAAACCUUGACAGUCUAAAUGACGAUUUUGCGAAGCACAUGAACGCCUUGACUGUCAAAACUGUUCACAGUCAUUUAGCAAGACUAUAUAGUCCUACUAAAGAGCCAGCUGUUGUAUUCUUCAGACAUGGGGUCCCAUUGCUCUAUGAUGGUGAACCAGAUGAAAAUGAGCUUUAUGGGUUUUUGGAAAAAAAUCAGACGCCAGCAGUAAAAGAGCUGACUGAUAAAAUAUUUGAACACAUGACACAAGCAGCUACUGGUGCCACAACAGGAGAUUGGUUUGUCAUGUUUUAUGGGGCAUCCUGUGUGGAUUGCCAAAGGCUACAUGCCGUGUGGGAAGGUGUGGGCGCAACAUUACGCGGACGCAUUAAUGUUGCCAGGGUCGACGCCAACCUGGCAGGGGUCAAUACAGCCAAAAGAUUCAAGGUUGCCAAAUUGCCAGCAUUUCUCUUCUUUCGCCUUGGAAAAGUUUAUCGAUAUGAUUUACCAAAAAGAGAUAUCAAAUCCUUUGUUACUUUUGCUCAAGAUUGGUACAAAAACUCAAAGGGUGAAACUGUCCCACUUCUUUCAUCUCCAUUUGAUGAAUUGGUCGAUUGGUGCGUUGAAAUGAUCAAAUUCAGCGUAGCCUUUGGCUUGGACAUAUUGGUGAGAUAUCCUUGGAUCUGGCAGAUAGGGCUGGCGGGAUUCGGUCUUGUCGCUAUCACAGCCCUCAUUGCUAUUGUCAAAGCUGGAAAAUCUAAACCUAAAGAAGUUAAAAAAGAGAAGAAGAGUAAAUGAUUUAUCGUUUAGCACAAUAAUAAAAUAAAUAGCAGUUAACACGUUCGCUGCGGCACUGAUUUUUCAGUACUUUACCAAUACAAUACGAGGUUUUUUGACCUCGUACUAAAACUUUUUGUGGUGUGGUACGAGGUUAAUUGACCUCGUACUAAUACUUUUUGUGGUGUGGUACGAGGUUAAUUGACCUCGUACCGUGCAAUACGAGGUUUUUUGACCUCGUACUAAUACUUUUUGUGGUGUGAUACGAGGUUAAUUGACCAUGUACCGCAGCGAACGUAUCAAAUUGACGAAACAGAAGCACAUUAAUAAAUUAUGAGGUUUGUUUGCAUGAUAAUGUAUAAAAUAUCUAUAGAGUUGGGACUAUAUAAAUGGAUGACUGAGUGGGGCAGUGGGAAAAACUGAUUGUUGUUUGUAAAACAAUCAUUUAAUUUUAUAUAAUUAUGUUGUAACUUAAUGUACAUAUAUGUAUUGGUCUAAAUUCCAGCAUUAGAAAUAUAUACCCUCGUCCAUCGAUCUCCUAUUAAAAAGUGGAUGCACAAACAGCGACCAAAAAACCUCCCCACUCAAUGAGUGCCAAACAGAACUUCUUGGCACUCAAUUCAAGUAGUCGCAUUUGCAAUUUCAACCUUAAACUCAAUUCUUAAGGUUGAAUUAUAUUAUAUUUAAAGGCUUUCAGGUAUAAUUUUCUUUACAAAAAAUUCUAAAACUGUCAAAGCAAAAUUAAUCAGUUUUUAAGUGAAAUUUUCUACAUGAUUGUGCAUCCUUUUAUUAUAAGAGGUCAAUGCCCUCAUCUGUUAUUUAUUGAAAAAUGAUAGAUAAUAUUCACAUUGACACUGCAAAUGUUGCUUAGUUAAACUGCAUUCAGAUAAAUCUUACAAAAUUUAUGAAAACAUGAACUUAAUACAAUAAUGCAUAAAAUGUGCUUUCAUUUGACAUAUUAUAUGACUAAAUAACUGAUGUGGGUGUAUAAAAACAUUUACUCAUCUGUUUAUAUCUGGCAACCUCACAGUUGCAGUGGUUUAAGUUUAACUAGGCAACCUAUUUGCAAUGGGUCAAUUCAAUGUAAUUUUUUUUGAUACAGAGAGUAAGAGUAAGAGAGAGGCACAAUUAUCCGUCCACUUUAAUAUACCUACUCGCGUCAUGUUAAGAAAAAAAUCAAAAUUUCACAUUAAAAAAUAUACUCAGAGCACAAUUAUCCGCCCACUUUAAUAUGACGCGAGUAUAUUAAAGUGGGAGGAUAAUUAUUGUGCUUUGUGCCUCUAAAUAUUUUUCUUAUGCUGGGUCUCCUACUAUAUGAAUUAAUGAGAUUUAUCUGCGCAUAUUUCUUGCAACAUUAAUGUCGCGUCAGUGGUAGAAAUAGAAAUCUUUGCAUUUUGUUGUCCGUCCUAAUAAUUGUAGAAUGUGAUAAUUUUUUUCUACUUUAAGUAAAACAAAAAAUCACAUUACUUUUUUGUAUGUUUUUUUUCAAAUAUUACAUAUUUUUAUUAUA